UUCCUCCUCUCCUCCUCUCUCUCUCUCUGACUGAAAAUAGAUCCAGCUGGGUUAGGCUUUGGCGAUCAGCGGCUCGCGUUUCCACCACAUUUUCCUCCACAAUAAGCGGACAGUAACGACUUUAAAGCGAACCGGAGGAUUUACCGCCGUCUCUUCGGGCUCCACCUCGCUCCCGUCCCAGGCUCCGUGCUGUCCGUGCAGCUUUCACAUAAAUAUUUCACACACCGUUUCGCUGUGGUUGCUGCCUCCGCCGCUGAAGUGAUGUCUGUCGCGGGGUUGAAGAAGCAGUUCCAUAAAGCCACCCAGAAAGUCAGCGAGAAGGUUGGAGGGGCGGAAGGAACCAAGCUAGAUGAUGACUUUAAAGAAAUGGAGAAGAAGGUGGACGUCACCAGCAGAGCAGUGUUGGACAUCAUGACCAAAACUACAGAGUACCUUCAGCCUAACCCAGCAUCAAGAGCCAAGCUGAGUAUGAUCAACACCAUGUCAAAGAUCCGUGGGCAGGAAAAAGGACCUGGUUAUCCGCAGGCUGAGACCGUCCUAGGAGAUGCCAUGUUGAAGUUUGGACGGGAGUUAGGAGAGGAGUCCAGCUUUGGCUUGGCCCUCAUGGAUGCUGGUGAGGCGAUGAAGGAACUCGGGGAGGUGAAAGAUGCUCUGGACAUGGAGGUUAAACAGAACUUUAUUGAUCCACUGCAGAAUCUUCAUGAUAAAGACCUCAAAGAGAUACAGCAUCAUUUGAAGAAGAUGGAAGGCCGACGUCUGGACUUCGACUACAAGAAGAAGCGUCAGGGGAAAGUCCAGGAUGACGAAAUCAAACAGGCACUGGAGAAGUUUGAUGAGAGCAAAGAGAUCGCAGAGCAGAGCAUGUUUAACCUACUGGAGAGCGACAUAGAGCAGGUGAGCCAGCUCUCAGCAUUGGUCCAAGCUCAGUUUGAAUACCACAGUCGUGCCUCUGAAAUCCUCCAACAGCUCUCCAGGAAGAUGGAGGACAGGAUAAAAGAAGUGUCCAGUAAACCGAGGAAGGAGUACACUCCAAAACCCAGAAUGACACUGGAGCUGCUGCCACCCAGCGAAAGCCACAAUGGAGGGAUACACUCUGCCAAAUCCCCAGGAAGAUCACCAGCCCCUAUGGACCAGCCAUGUUGUCGAGCGCUCUACGACUUUGAACCAGAGAAUGAAGGUGAGCUGGGCUUCAAAGAGGGGGAUGUCAUCACCCUGACCAAUCAGAUCGAUGACAACUGGUACGAGGGUAUGAUCAACGGCCAGUCGGGCUUCUUCCCCAUCAAUUAUGUGGAUAUUCUGGUGCCGCUCCCUCAUUAGGUCCUGUUACCAACCUUCCGCUUCCCCUCGACCAAUCCAGACACCCAGAAAACAGCCUGUAUUUGCAUAAACAACAAACCACGCCCUCCUUCUACUUCUUCUUCUUCUGUGCUUCUGUGCGAUUCUGCUUUCACAAAAUGGACUGAAACGAGAGAGAAGCCCGAGAUGGGAUACAUAAGAUGCGGCAGUAGAACAGCGAUUAGAGUAGAAGAAGAAAGGGAGAGGAGGAUUAUAGCGUGAGAGCUGCAUAAGCAAGGGACUGAAAGAGAUGAAAAGACAAAGAGAUGAUGUUCUUUUAUAGCGCAGUGCUUGGCCGGGCAGCACAGAAUACUGUGAGGUUAUGGAGACUUGCGAAUAAGGCACGGUGUAUAUGUACGUGCAUGUAUGUGUCUGUAUGUGCGUUUUGACCUGUUCUUACUGUAUUUAUGAUCAAGCCAGCACAAAUUCCUGCUUGUCGGUUUAGCUGCCUGACAGCUUUUUUGUGAGACUGUCUUCUUUCUUCUUUUCUUGCUGUAUUUCUCUAAAAGUAACUGUUCUUUCUACCUUAACUUGCCUUCUUGUGCUCUUUUUCAUACCUAGAUUUUUCAGAAACUGUCACAGUUUUACCAGCUGUCUAUCUUUGUUACUUUCUCUUGUCUUGUUAUUUUCUUUCAUUGGGUAGCACUACCUUUUAGAAAGGCUCCAUAGUCCAGAUUGUAGACCAUCAAAAUAACAACCCAGAGCCACAGAUCCAUAGAGUUUACGAUUUAGGUAUAUUUCAACCUCUUUCUAGCUCUUUUUGUAACACCCUCUGCCUUUGCUGACACUGCAUAGCAUUUCAAUUCAGUGGCUGAAUGCAUGAUCCAGCCAAAAAAAGAUUGACUGUGUUGAAGUAAGCUUGGUCUUGCUAGAAUGGAAAAGAGAACAUUUAUCCACUUGUUUUUAAACCCAUUUAUCUUGUAAAAUGGAACUUUUAGGAGGGUUUUGAGGCUUGAGGAUCAAGAAACUCAUUCAACACAUCACUAAGCAGGAGUUCAAGUGAUGAAAAGGAGAAGUUUGGGUUACUCUUUUUACCAAGCAGCACUGAUUUGCCAUCACAGCCACAGAUGAAUGUGUUGAACAGAGCCUUGUUUGUUUUUGUUUUUUAUUUGAUACACAUUUGAACAUUCCAGUAUGCAUAGUGAGAAAGAAGUCUGUUUGUUUUUUCCUUUCUAUAUACUGUGGUUUCCUUGUACUCUGUGGAGUAGGAGCUUGCUGAUUUGUCUAAAUAUGUGGCUUUUGCAUGCAUGACUGUGUGUGGCUAGAUGGCUUAAAAAACAGCAAUUUUAGAUUUCUUCAGAUUUUCAAUAACUCGUGCUCAGAAACAUAAUUAAGUUUGGGAGGUGAUACUCCCUUGCCAAAAGGCACGUCAGUAGGACAUGUAGUAGCUGAUGAACAGUUACAACUAGUGCU